GAUAAAUGCUACAAGCUUCAUGGGAAACCAUUGUCUACAAAAAAUAAGGGGGACGGGAGAGCUACUGCUGCCAUGGCUGAAACUUCUGAAGAAAAAACAGCUUCUCCAGAACCACCACCUUUCACUCAGGAACAACUACAGCACCUGUAUAAGCUUUUUAACUCUCCACAAUUCACACUUAAUUCAUCUUCUUCCCCUGCUCCAGCCCAGAAAGGACCUGAACUCGGGGAGGAUGAUUGGCAGUGCUAGGGAGUGCGACGGGCUGUAUUAUCUUGAAGAUGGACUGCCUUCAAGUAUGGUUGCCCAAGAAUCUCCUCAUAAAUUAGAGUCUGUGUCUACUGAUCAAGAUAUUAUGUUAUGGCAUUUUCGUAUGGGUCAUCCUAGUUUUUUUUUUUAUUUGAAACGAUUGUUACCUAAGUUAUUCAUCAAUAAAGAUCCAUCUUUCUUUAAAUGUGAAGCGUGUGCUUUAGCUAAACAUCACAAGUCUUCUUAUCCUUCUCGUAUUUAUAUUCCCUC